GAAAUCUCUAAAAAGAUUAUAUUUAGGAACGGAAGGCAUAUUAUUUAUUUGUAUAUCUACUUUUUGUAUUAUGAGUUCUUCGUAGUCAUCUUUAUACACAUACUUUAUGCUGGAAUGUUAUUUUGGGAGGUGGUGAGUGUCUCAGGUUUGUUAAUAUACACAGUCACUCACAUGAGUCCAUCUGUGUAAAAUGUCGGUGAUCAGUACCGGGGGCAAGUGCUGCUACAUUUCGAAAUUAAUAAGUAUUUUAAUACCCAAGAGCCCAUGGAAACAAUUGUUUUCAUCUAGAGUAUUUCUAGGGUAUCCUGUAUUUUUCUCAAGGGAAACAUAAUAGUGGGUAAAGACUAUUUUAAUAUGAAAAUGUUACCAACUGUUCCCGUUGAGGUUAAAGUUAAACAAGUAGAAUAAAGGUGUUCGCCAUCACCCAAGCACAUGCAUCCAAUCUAGGUGAGAGGUAGCCAGUUGUUGUUACAAGCCUUAAGGUCCAAGGUAUGCGUCCUAAACUAGUGGUCAAGCAAGAUGCAUGGGAUUUCACAAAGUUCAGCUAAGGGUUGCUAGCACCUUAAACUUCACUGUUGGAGUUGUAGCUUGUCCGGUCCUUGAAGACCUGCUGAUUAUCUCCUCUUUCCUAUAGUCAGUGUACAAUAGAAGUUUGAGCAUUGAUAUACAUGAAUAUAGGCACUGGAUACCCAUGGGCAGACCUUUAAAUAUCUGUGGCAAAGCAUAACUUUCUUUAUAACAUCCAUUUCUCAAAUGUAUUAACUAACGACAGCAAUUUAAAUCCUAAACUUUGGUGAAGCUCGGUUGGAGCCAGCGCGUGCAUACGAUAUGCCACGUAACAUGAUGCAGAUCUUUUCAAUGAAGUUAGCUAAAGCUCCUAUCAACAGUGGCUCAAUACAGUUAUAUGGAUAUAUAGCAGCACGUGAUGAAGUUGAUCUAAGACUCAAUUAUGUUUUCAAUCGUACCAGGGAUGAUCCCAUCAUUGUGCAGCAGGGUUCUCUCAUUGAAAUGAACGGUCCUAAGAGAGCCAUCCUGUUGAUAUUUGAUGUACUACUUGAGUUUGACAUGAGGAUCAAGAAUGGGGAGAAUGAAGAGGAUGAUUUACAGCUGAUUGAUGGAAUCUCAGAAUUUGAUGGUUUACUCAUGUCAUGGAGACCACACGAGGUUCGCAUUGGUGGAAAUUGUGGUGCAGUUGAUACGUCCUUUGCACUUGUUCAUAAUUCAGUCGAGGCCACAGUAGAAGUUAUCAUAUCAAAAGUGCAGACUAGCUUUGAUUUAUCUCUCAGUUCUACAAUCGCUCUUCUGGAGAUGGAUAAAGAAUUCCAGCUCUUCAGUGGAAACAUUAGUGAGUCCUGUGGCUUAGGAAGCUUUGUGAUUGUUGUCACAUGGGAUACACUGUUGCAUUUGAAGUUCAAGGUUGAUCAUGAAGGCUGUAACAGUAAUAUUGAACGCAAUUGUUCCUUCAAAGCUAAGUGAAAUGAACACGCCAGCCAUCAACUAAAUCUUGAGACUGCCUCAGUUUUAGUUAAGGUGGCUUGGGCUGUGUUGCCUGCAUCGUUGAGCAAUUAACAGUAUUGUGUAUCCUGCGCUGUAUAUAACCGAAUGUACUAACUUGGACCCUUAUUUCAGUAGUUCGUGUAACUAGUUGCACACAAAUCCUGAGAACUUGGGCUGUGUUGCCUGCAUCGUUGAGCAAUUAACAGUAUUGCAUCCUGCACUGUAUAUAACCGAGUGUAUUAACUUGGACCCUUAUUUCAGUCGUUCGUGUAA